AGCUGGCAUUUCCGCAACCCAAGGAUGAUCCUGUUAAAAUUUCCGGCGGUAUGUGGUUUUCAACGGUCACGCACUAGCGAAAAUACCGUAUAGCUGUUAAGGCUUCCCUGUUUGCUGUCGCAAGUGUCACUUGACGAGCAAUAAUAGGUAAAAAAAUGCUGUACUGUGAUGCUUCUCGAACGAUUGCGAUGAAUCACGAAAGCUGUCUACUCGCGUGAUGUCCUGAACAAGUCAGACACGUUUACUUACGUGUGAAGGGAAAUGCCAGAGCCCUUUGGAGCUUUAGUCUUGCACAAAAGGCACGAAGGUGCCAUCGCGUCAACCGAUGUCGUCGCGCGAUCACUAUGUCAGAGCCAAACUAUACCAAACGAAACCACAGAACACCCAUAACGAAACUACCACGCAUCCGAAAACACAAAUAAAAAAUAUCCGAAACCGAAACUCGCGUUAUUGAAUGAAUGAGUACAUCGUUAAUUGCAUAAAUUGCGUUAACAAGCGCUUCCUGUAAGCUUAAUAUUCACACAUCACCUUCAUAAAGCCAUCAGGUAUUCGUUUUUUAUGACACAGCAUAAGGCGACCUAUACUUGUUUUCAGCUCUCAAAAAUAAUUGCGCUGGCCACAUUGACGAGUUACAAGAUGGCGCCGACAAAAUGGCGGCGCCCUAGCGGUCACUCCUUUUUCGGCCCAGCUUUGCCUCUAGAGUCAGUUAUAUUAACUCUAUGCCUACGCCAUGGCUGCAGUGUACUAGAAUACGCCAUAGCUGGCUGGCCCCUGUCGUCGCUAUUCUGUCGAUAACGAGCCAAGCCAACUCAUCGAAAACAAAGGCGAAGGCAGCGCCACUCUUCUACUCGCUACAAACGAAGGCCCAUCUGCGCAUUAGCUGCGACAACCCGAAUUCUGGGUACAGUCAGAACCUCAACUACGACGGCGUGCUCCUGUCAAUGAUCACUUACGACCUUCAGGACGGUUUCGCCAUCACGUUUGAGAACCGAUUCUCCUUACGUGAGAAGAUCUGCGACGCCUGGACUGUCGAAGCGACGAACAAAGGGGUGGGCUUGGCCGUGUACGACGUCAACUACGACAGCAGAUCCACGAUGUGCAACCCCGUCUGGCUCAACGGGACCUGGUACCGGUUCCACUUCGUGCUGAGGAUACGCGACUUCCUGCUUCAGGUCCACCCCGAGGCCAGCCUAUACAACGACUGCCUUAACGUCGUCUGAUUUGCGGCGUACGUAUUGACGAAAUGGGAAUAAAGGAUCGAAAAGUC